GCUCUCCCCUCUCGGCAGUCGACAUGGCGGCCGGUGGUCGAGCUGCGCUCGCGGUCCUAGCGGUGGUGGCGCUGCUGGGGCCUGUGCGGGCCUGGGACCAGCCAGGAAGAGUUCUGCUGCGGGAGGUGCAAGCCCUUACUCUCUACAGAGAUCAAUAUACUACUUCUCGUCGGACAUCUCCAGUUCCCCAAUUGCAGUGCACUGGUGGCUCAGCUGGAUGCUCCUACGUCCCUGCAGUUGUUCAGUGCCAUAACAAAGGCUGGGAUGGCUUUGAUAUACAGUGGGAGUGUAAGGCAGACUUGGACAUUUCUUAUCGGUUUGGAAGAACUGAAGUGAGCUGUGAAGGCUAUGAUUAUCCAGAUGACCCCUACAUCUUAAAGGGAUCCUGUGGUUUGGAGUACAGGUUAGAGCUAACAGAAGAAGGUGAAAAGAAAACAAAGAACUUUGGUGGAAGCUCUAGUUCCAGCUAUUAUCACUCGAGUAAAGUUAAGCCUGGGGAUUCCUCUGAUUCUAGUACUGGAAUGAUUAUAAUAAUAGUACUACUGGUCCUUGCUUAUGGAGUCUACAAGCUGUUCCUCAAUAACCCACAGCCUCAACAAGAUUUCUCUGAUGGCGAUGGAUACUCUAGGCCUUCUGGACAGAAUUACCAGGCCCCGCCUCCUCCUGGUUUUAAGUCCAGUUUCACAGGAGCUGGUGGCUUAGGUGGUGGUUCCGGUUAUCAUGCCAACUCAGGAGCAGGGUUUUGGACUGGAUUAGGAACAGGCGGCCUACUGGGGUACUUGGCUGGCAGUCGGAGAGGACAGUCACGCUCAUAUUUUCCACAUUUCAGUUCAUGGACUGGUCCCACAGCUGCAACUCCCACGUGGGGGAAUUCAUGCAACUCCACACAGCCUGGUAGUUCAGGGACAAGAACUGCAUCUGGCUAUGGGGGAACGAAAAGGAGGUGAAGUUUUUGACUCUCUGCACCAAUGGUUCAAUUCAAUAUAACCUUCCUCUGUGCAUCACAUAGCCUGUUGUGUUAAUUAUGGGACUUCAGUUUAAAAACUACUGAAAUCUUCUCCCAAAGGAUUUGUGGGAUGUUUGAAAUAGUUCCACAAAUAAAAGAGAGGGGUUUUUGGU